ACAAGACCGAGGGGAAGCCGCCAGUCUCCGCUGGUACACCGAGCUGCGUGUUGCUCUUCCUCGUUCACCACGUUCGCGCUUUCGUUGCAGGUUGAGAGAUAGAGAUAGAUAUAGAGAUAGAGAUACAUAGAGAGUGAGAGAGAGAGAGAGAGUGAGAGAGAGAGAGAGAGAGAGAGAGAGAGAGAGAGGGGGAUAGAGGUAGAGAACAAAGAGCGAUAAAGAGCGAGCGAGCGAGAGAGCGAGAGAGAAAGGAGGAGAAAGAGAGAGAGAGAGAGGGAGAGAGAGAGAGAGAGAGAGAGAAAGAAAAACGAAAAGCAAAAGCCUCGCGCUUUCGCACUCUCGGCCGCGCAACACCGUCCGGCGGCAUUGGAUCGUGCGCACGCGGCUUGUCCGAUGCGUAAUAAGACGCGUGCAUAGCGCGGAGCAGACAGAUCCCCCAGGAUACGGAUAGGAAGGUGCGCGCGGAGGGAACAUCGUCGUCGUGGCCGCAGGCUCGGAUUUACUGGGGGACGGGUGUGUGUGCCCGCGCGGUGACGACGACGACGACGACGACGACGACGACGACGACGACGACGACGACGACUCGGCGGCGGCGGUGGCGGCGGCGACGACACUCCGAGGAGUAACACGUACAGUUGAAGGACGUACGAAACUCAAGAAUAGCACAGCAGAUCUCCAGUGAGCGAACAAUAAGAUCCCAGAGAGACUCUCGCUCUCGUUGAGAACAAACCGCGCGCAAGACGGUAGCCCCCCGCGCGCCCCCGCCGUUAGUCGAGCGCCGGCGUGUGACAGCACCACCACCCGGAACAAUCCCUCGCCGGUGGCAAGACGGCCGAUCGUGCGGACGUCCUCGGUGCUACCCCGCUACGGCCGCUACGAGCGUCAACAGCUCGAAGAUUCUCCCGAGGGCCAAGAUGCACAUCGAGGUGCAGGUGGCGCUUAACUUCGUGAUAUCGUAUCUAUACAACAAACUGCCGCGCAGACGGGUCAACAUCUUCGGCGAGGAGCUCGAGAAGGCGCUGAAGGACAAGUUCAAGGGUCACUGGUACCCGGAGAAGCCGUUCAAGGGCUCCGCGUUCAGAUGCCUGAAGACCGGCGACCCGGUCGACCCGGUGCUGGAGCGCGCCGCCAAGGAGAGCGGUGUGCCGAUCCAAGACAUCCUGGAGAACCUGCCGGCCGAGCUCGCCGUCUGGGUCGACCCAGGUGAGGUGAGCUACCGGAUCGGCGAGCUGAACGCCGUGAAGAUCCUCUACUCCGAGACCGGCGAUCCUCACGACGAGACCUCGGCCGACCGCGAGGUCACUAAGACCUUCAACCCCGAGGCACAGUGCUUCAGGCCGAUCGAGGCCGUCGGCACGUCGCUGGGCGGCCUCAGCCUCAGCCCGAAGUCCACCUCGCCCUUCUCGAGCUCGCUCGGCAGCAACACCAGCAACGGCUCGUCCAACAACCAGCAGAGCGGCCACGGCUCCGGCUCUUCGUCGGCACCGUCGCCGACUCCCAUCACCAGCUCCUUCAAAGGCUCGCCCAGCCCUGUGCCGGCCUUCAUCCCGCGCACCACCGCCCCGCUCACCUUCACCACCGCCACCUUCGCUCAGACCAAGUUCGGCAGCACCAAACUCAAGACUAGCAGCAAACGCGCCAACAGGAUGUCGCCCACCGAGUUCUCGAACUAUAUAAAGCAGCGCGCGAUGCAGCAGCAGAUCCACCAUCACCACCACCAUCAGCAGCAGCAGCAGCAGCAGCAGCAGCAACAGCAACAGCAGCAACAGCAGCAGCAGCAGCCACCGCACCAACAGCCGCCGCAGCAGCCGCAGCCGCAGCAGCAGCAGCAGCAGCAGCCGCAACCGCAACAGCAGGCGAACGGCGCGGCCGGACUGCCGGUGUCGCAGAGCUCGCCGCGUAGUCGCAGCCUGUCACCCGGCAGCAUAGUCGCCGGGGCCGGGCAACAGCACACGGACCCGAGCGCGUACUUCUUCCAGCACGGGCCGGCGGCCUACCACGCGCAGUUCCCCCAUCGCAACAUCUUCGACUCGUCGAGCCACGGCGGCUACUUGCCGGCCGAUCUGUACGCCGGCGCCAAGUUCCCGUCGUCCUACCUCGACCCGACCGCGCUCGCCGGCCAUCAGUUCUACGGCGGCGGCGGCGGCGGUGGCGGCGGCGGCGGCGGCGGCGGCGGUGGCGGUGGCGGCGGUGGCGGCAGCGCCGGCGGCGGCAGCAACCUGGGCCCGAUCGGCAGCGCGACGACGAACGGCAACGUGAACGGCGCGACCGGCGGCGCCGCGCAGCAGCAGGACAAGAGCGCCUUGGUCGAGGGCCUCAACAACUUUGGCCUUGGCUCUGUCGCGCCUUACCCGGCCAGCCAGUACCAGCACCUGCUCGUGGCCAACUAAUACCUCGCGCGUGCUCAAGUGAACGCGCCGUCGGGACGCGGCGCCGCGGCGCGCCGUCCGGACGCGCGCUGCGCCCUCGUCCUCGGCGCUGCCACUGCUGCUGCCGUGGCGGCGGCGGCGGCGGCGGCGGCGGCGACGGCGACGGCGACGGCGGCGGCGGCGGACGGCAAGAGGAGAAGUCGCGAAGAAACGGCGAUCGCCGUCCUGUCGGCCCUGCGUCGUCGAGACGGCGUGCAGAGUCCGGCUUCCUUACCCUGACGACUAGCACCGGCUGUCUGUCCCUGUCAUUACUCUGUCUCUCUUCCCGACGAAACCGCUUCGCUCGGUCGUCGUCAUUACUGUCGUUCGGGUGCCGCGGCCGCCGUUACCGUCGCCGUCGGCGGUGCUGGAGGAGCUGGUGACGCUGGUGCUGCUGCCGGUGCUGGAGACGGUGAUUGACACCGUCUUCAGCUCCCGCGCACACCCGCUGUCUGCGAUGCCCACCCGGACGCUUUUCCGAAAGGCUUCUCUUUCGUUCGAUCUUUCAUGUCUGAGGAGCUCGAGACACACUUUGUACAUAUACACAUACACACACACACACACACACAUAUAUACACAUAUUUGUACACAUGGAGACACGCAUGUCGAUGGUGGAUCGGUAGAGAGAGAGGACACGUUUGACAAAUGGGGGAGAGACAGCCGCCGAGACGAUCGAGCCCGAUUGGAACGAUCACGGAAGCGGUCGAGGCGAGGAGAAGGAGUUGAUAUGAAAGGAUGGAAGAAUAGGAGGAGGAGGAGCAAGAGAGAGAGAGAGAGAGAGAGAGAGAGAGAGAGAAAGAGAGUGUGUGGUGCAUGUGAUGAGAGAUAGAUAAAGGGAGAGUGAUGUCUGCUUCCGUAUGUCUGUUGCGAGAUUGCGUGUGCGUGCGGGACGUUUGAAGCGUGGAGAAGAGAACAGCAGGUGAGGAAGAUGAGUAGAGGAGAGUGGAGGAGCAGGAGGAGGAAAGAGAAGUAGCCGACUAACGAGAAGAGCGUGUAUAUGUGCUAAAACUGAAACACUCAAUAAGGACCCAAUCGUGAUGGCGCGAGACGCUCGUCCGACGAAAGCCACCGUGUGACUACUCCACAUACACACACAUAUACAUAUACACAUACACAUACAUACUCUCACGCGAAGCGAGCAUACGUGCGAUAUCAUAGUGCACCGGUGGACUUUCGGACAACGCGGAUCGUCGGACACUCGACGCAUACACAUGUGGAGAGAAAGAGAGAGAGAGAGAGAGAGAGAGAGAGAGAGAGAGAGAGAGAGAGAGAGAGAGAGAGAUAAGCAAAUGACAUACACACAAAUCUUCCCCGUUACACACAUACACACGACGACACGAACCCAUGCUGGCACACACGUAGACCACACGUCACACGCGAGACGAUAUCCACGCACGAGAGAAGGAGGGAGAGACACAUGUAUCGAAAAGAAAAAAAAAGGAAACCACAUACCACGCGACACACCCACACAGAUAUUACCAACGUGUAAUAAUUUAUUUUUUCACUGGUAUAGUCGGAGAAUUGAUAAUGAAUAUAUCUGUAGAGCCUAUAUAUUAUAUUCAAGAUGCACUCACUCUUCACGGGUUCUCGCGAAACGGUAAAAACUAUACUUACACACACUUGUCCCCGCUCGUCGUGAGCCGAGCGAGCCGUCGAGAAGGAAAGGGAGAAAGAAAGAAAGAGCGAGUUACGGAGAAAAAGAGAGACAGAUUCGUGGACCGAUAGACCGAUCAAGGUAAGGUGUCUUCCAGCUUUCUCGGUUUCCAUCGAUCGUGAGUGACGGUAGCUGCGCUCCGACAUGCAUCCGGGCCAUGCAGCCGGGAGCUAAAGCGGAAGCUGUUCAGGCACUAAAUACGUAAGCCCGGCUAAACGAGCCAAAGAUCGAGUCGCGGAUAGCUUCCCCACGAAGAGAGAACCUUACGUCGAAUCGAGAUUAAGAAUAUAAAAGAGAAAAAGGAACACACACACAUACACACACACACACACACACACAAAGGAAAGAGCUACGAAGCUACGCUGAGAAAGACAGACGGCCCGUUCACUCGCACGAGACAACAGAUAGAGCGAGAAGAAAACAACGCGAUCAGGACACGAAGGACCGAUCUCUCCUUCGUGAGUAUAGUGAUAAUACUGGAGCUCGCAGUUUUAUACCGUUCGGAAAACUCGUCCUCGGUACGAUUUUACAUUUUAUUUUUAUAAUAAAUGCAGUAGAAUGUAGGAGAAAGUGAGCGAGAGUGAGCGAGAACGAGAGAGAGAGAGAGAGAGAGAGAGAGAGAGAGAGAGAGAGAGAGAGAGAGAGAGAGAGUGUAUGCGUGUGUGUGUGCAUGACGGCGAGUAUGAUAUGCAGGGGACGAACAGGGAAAGUGAAAGAGGAAGAGGAGAAGGAAGAGGAGGAGAAGAAGAAGAAGAAGAAGAAAUAGUAGAGAGGGCGAGAUAUAGCAAAAGAGCCGGUGUGUUCGUAGGAACGUAAGUGGCCUCGUUGCUGGCCUCUCGAUAUUUGCUCGCUUGCGUCAGCGAGCCCGUUCCCGCUCCGCCGUAGAAAAACCAUCGGGAAUCGAUUUCCUUUCGAGAUAUUGCCUUUCGAUUCGACAUCCGGAGUCGAUGACCCUCCGAGCUGUCGGAAAAGCUCUUCGAAUCGUUAAACUCGGCAACAGCUCCUCGCGCCGAACGCUGCGCGUUUCAACCGUCGCGGCUUCUCCAGCCCGCCAUUUUUCUCGCUGUCGCCAUUUCAAUCGCGUUUGAUCAAUUAUUUAUGCAAAAGCGAUUCCCGGUCUCCGCAAACUUGCUUCAAUCGCGCGCGAGCGUGCGAUAGAGAGACAGAGACAGAGAGUGGCGUCAUCGAUCUCCUCUCGUCAGUUUAAGCGCGCGAUUCUCAAAGUUGAAUUUCUUUCGAAAGUGUCGCUUCAAGCACCGCGAGGUUACUCGCGGUGGUGGGAAACAGAAUCGAGAGUACAAAGAUUGCUAGAAAGAGGAAAAGAGAGAAAGGGAGCCAAGUAGAGGAGGAGGAGGGGAGAAGAAGAAGAAGAAGAAACGGCGGGCGGAGCAAGUUCGAGAGGGCAACGUCGCCGCUUAGCGUUCACGAGGUUAAUUAGAUGAUUACGUAAUUACAGGCCGCGCGUUAUUGUCCUCGUCGGCGAGGCGACGGGCUCAUCCGAUUCGCGCCUCGCAGAUCGAUUUCUUUUUCCCUAUUCUUUUUCCCUCGACCAAGUUUGGACAACCAAAACUUGGCCGGCUUAUCAAUCUACCUUUUCGCACAGCCGCGUUAUUCGGUUCGCGGAAAAUUCGUCGCAGUCGCGUUCGAGUGACGACGCGUACAUACUAAUUUCACGAGGAUUUUUCUUUUUUCGUCGCGGUUUUUUUUUUUUUUUUUUUCCUCCCACACGUUCGGUCGAGUCGAGUUCGCGAUCGGUCCGCUUCGCAGAGCGUUCCUCUUAAAACGUCGCCGAAGCCUCGCUUCAUAAUGCUAUUUUACUACAAACUCUUGGGUACAAUGCAAACGCGACUACCAAAGCAACGCUUCACAACGAAAAUUCCUCUUACACUAGUCAGAACCGUCUUCCUUCCUCGAGAACCGCCUACAAAACGAGAGAAAGAAAGAGAAACACGGGGCGGCGUUUUAACGUGAACGCGCUCUGCGCCGCGCGCGCGACUUGCCCCAAAAGAUCGCGUUCGAUCCGCCAUUAUUCGAAGCAAUUUUACCCGCCUGCGUCGUUUUCCACGCGAGAUCGAUCCGAACGACAUUUCACACCUCGCUCGGGGUCGCUCGGAGUCGUCGUCAAAAAGGGGAAUGGCGACAUUCGUGAGAAAGAGACAACAAGACAGACCCGACGCGUGACGCGAGAGAGAAAUUUCCACCGCUCGUCGGCCCGAGGGUGUGUGAUCUUCCAGAGCGGCAAAUUUUCCAACCGGGAGAGUCUCCGUCGCGUGUUCGAUUUCCAUCUCCCCCCAUCCUCCCCCCCCCCCCUCCCCAGCCGUUUUAUGCGCGAAUCGGUGAGAUACGAUCGAGCCUCGCCGACGAGUAUAGUCGCGCCGGCGGCGCGACCGACAACGACGGGCGGCGGAGGUGUCGCGAGCCGCGGGCCGCGGGCACUAGGUGCUAAAAAGGUAUUCAAAAAGUGUGUUUAAUCCUGUGGUCGUGGGACAAAUCGCAAGGAGACCGGCCCGCGCACCGGAGACCGCCGGCGUCUCGAUCCGCGCGCGCGCGCGCGCGUCAACCGUCGAGCCCCGCGUCCUGUCUCUCUUUGCCCGCCCCCUCCCUGCUCCCCGUCCUUGGUAGACUACUACCAAUUUCCACAAUGUUCGUUAGCGUGUCGGUAUAUAUCAUCGUAUACAUGUAGCGUUGUACUUUCGUAGUAGCGUGUCAAAUGUCUCCUCGUAUAACGUAAAACUCUACUCCACUAGAGGCACACGUAUGUUGUUUAGUCGUUCUUUCCUACGGACUUUUGUAUAGGCCUUUUUGUAAGUCAUCGUGUGCAUGCGUGUAUGUGUGUGUGCGUGUGUGCGUGUGCGUGUGUGUAUGUGGGUGUGUGGGUGUGUACAGACCCGGCCCGGGCCGGGUCGGGGGAGUUCGACGGUUGGGGCCCAGAUAUCCCGUUCCUCCCGUAGAGCGUAGAGCGUGUCGUCGGCCCUGGGAGGGAAGUUCCUUUCGCCGUCGAUUCUCGCUCGAGGCGGGAGCGGAAUCUCGAGACGUCACACUCGCGUUAUACUGCGAGAUGCUGGCGAAUCAUUUUUUAUACGAUACUUCGGUCCAAGAUGAAGCAUAGUUGAAAUUUAGUCGAGCGUGUCGGCUCGAGAACGCGGGGGGGGGUGGGGGGAAGGGGGAAGUCGCGCGCGGCGAGGCGGUCUCCGGGCGGGCCCGGGGGGGUGUGCAAACAAUUUACAAAACCGCGGAACUAAUAAGGGUAGAGACGUGGAGAGGCGAGGGGGACGCUGACGAAGAACAGAACCCUUUAGUAAUAUCUAAAGUUAAUUGUAACUAUUAACGAUACGUACGACUGUGGUAGCUAUGCUAGUACCUGCUAUUGUUAAAGAGAAAUCGAGACGAGAAGAUGCGAAGAAAAAGAGAGAAAGAGGGAGGGAGGGGGAGAGUAGGGUCGAGACGAGGACGAGGACGACGAUGACGAGGAGGAGGAGGAGGGGAGGGGAUGCCGGGGUUGAUUGAAUUACACGGCAUAGUGCCUCGACGUGCGUAUCGACGGCCGAGCAGGUCGACCUCCGCGAUACAUUUUUCUGCGUCGCGAAAGUGCAAUAAGGUUUCGCUUUGUCGUUUGCUGUUGAUCGCGUUUCAUCGCGCGUCUCGUCGUUUCGACCCUUACCGCUGGGGUGUGAUCGCAGAGACCAAUUGGAAUUCAUUUUGGCGGAGGCUACGGGGGAAAUUUCGUGGAGGGGAAAUCUGAAGAAGAAGUGAAUUCGAGUCGGAGCGACGUGUUAUUAUCGGUAUCGGUAUCAGUCCCGAGCACUUUGGCGCCGAUUAAUUUCGCGCAAACACGAGGUCACGGCCGUCUCUCGUGAGUCGCAUCGCAGAGAUCGAUGAGCCUUUUAGCUUCCGUUUAUCAGCAACGAUACGCACUCGAGCCAUUGUGCGUCGAGCGACCAGUUUCGCGCACCGCGACCUGUCAGCGAGCCUCGCAGGACAAGCUUGCUAGCGAGCGAGCAAGCUCCAUCCAAGGUCCAUCCUGCGAUGAUUUCUUUUUCUUCGCGUCGAGGGUGUAGGUGCGUCUCUUCCCGUUUCCGCGCUCGGGACGCGAGGCACGGCGUGUUAUUCUUGUAAUUUUUCUAAUCGCCCGCGAGCGAUUCCCAUUCACGCAGCAGGUUCAUCCUUCGCGUGACUUGGAGGUUGCGACUAACGUCGCGGCGGGGGCUGCGAGUCCCGAGGGUGGGCGCGUACGAAGACACCCCGACGAGAUCUCGAAAGUUUCGAUGGAGCCCGUGCUCGCAUUUUGCUGACACUCUAGGACCGGACGACGACGACGACGACGCGAAGUCUCUCGGCGGGGACGCGACGGGUGAAAAGAAGUCGAUGGCGCGGAUGGGAAACUUUGAAAAUCAUCGUCGCGCCCGCGAGCCGCGGAACUUUGCAGACUUUAAACGGGUUUCGCGCGGACUUUUGCACGGCGUGCGAAUACGAAUAGCGACCGGGAUUCACAGAGAUCGUCGCCGUCGACUUACGAUUGCGCGCGGCGUUAUUCGCGAGAAGUCGCGCAGACCGGCCGACGGAAAUGGGAAGAGGCGAGAGAGAGGGAGAGAGAUGAGAGGAAAGACGGAGCGCAAAAUGUGAAACGGCGAGAGCAAGAGAGAGAGAGAGAGAGAGAGAGAGAGAGGAGAGAGGAAGAAAGCGAGAUUAACACAAGAGGAGCGAGGAGGAGGGAGAGAGUGAGAGUGGCAACUCACAAUGCAAUAAGUCGCCAAUCAAAUGGAUCUCGGCUUGAGACGAGAGGCUCAGAUUAGCGAAGAAUCAAACACGAUGUAUACUCUUAAAGCAAACAAAAGUGAAACUAAAGGAGAUGAGAAUAAAAAACAGUGAUACUAUAAGUAGAGGCGCGAAACACGCGCGAGUAGAGCGGCGCGGAUCAACGCGAAAGGAAGGCAAGUAGCGAUGGAAAGAGAGAAAAGCGAAAGAGAGAGAGAGAGAGAGAGAGAGAGAGAGAGAGAGAGAGAGAUAGAGAGAGAAAGAGAGAAAAGUUAAGCGAAACUAAUUAAAUAUUGAUAGAGCAUACAUUGAGAUACACAAAAAUAUAUAGUAUUAUAUACGUUUACGAUACGAUUAUAAUGAACACUUUGUAAGCAAGGAAAAAAAAAUUACGCAUAGUUUUCCACACACCCCGUAAUGGAUGUAUUCGUUAAAAGGGAAAGUUCAGAAGGAGAGGCCGCACACACACGGCGACACAUAAAAGUGACAUAUACGGUCGACGGAACAUAUGUACACAAACACACAGGCAAGGAAGGAAGCUUGCAAGCUGGCGCGUGCCAACACGUGCGCGUGAACAUACACACAUACACACGCACACAGGUACACACUCGUUCGAAGUCACUCGGGUACAUACGAGAAUUUACUAAAAAAAAUAAAUAAAUAAAUAAAGAAAAGUCAGUAAUCUGUCUUUAAAGUAUCAUGUGUCUAUAAACUAUAGCGAUCGAUAUUGUCUCUUACGUAAAUGGCAAAAAAAAAAAAUACAAAUAACCG